AUGGCUCGUCGCGUCGUGAAACUGCAUUCCAAGUACGAAUCGUAUCAAACGUUUGAAGAUAUACUCGAUCAACUCGAAGAAGGCGAAAAAAUGAACAAGAAAUGUUGCGGUUGGUGUUUUAUUUGUUCGUUCAAAGAUAUUGGCAAAAUAUGCGGCUGUUGUGGUUCGAAUAGAGAAACUGGCGACGAUGAUUUGGAAUGCGCUCUAGUUAACUAUGUUCAGGAAGUUCGAGCUUCUUCGCCUGAAGGUAAAAUAGUAAAUAAAGUAAUAGUGUCUAAAAAAGAGUUGCUUGAACGAAGAGACCUACAACGAAGUGAGCGGGAAGAAGAUGAUAGAAAAGAACUUCUUGGUUACAAUAAGGAUAAAAGAUCGAUUACUAGUGACAGUUCUUAUAACAGUGCGCCGAUUAUUGAAGUUUCUAAACCAGAUGACAAGGAAAAACCUGAAGGUACAUAA